GUUUGUUCUUAUACGUUGCCUGGAGGUAAACAAAGAUGGCGUCGCUGCUCAACCUGAAAAGUUAUGGCAGCGGGAGUGAGAGUGACAGUGACAGCGUUGGCGAGGAAUCUUUACAACAUUUGCGGCCGAUCGAAAGCGGCAACACUAUCUCUAACCAAUUACAGUUUGUGGUUAAUCCGGAGGUGACGUCAACGAAAGAACUGGAUGACCGCCGCCACUUAGACCCACAAGAGAAGGAGCUGAAAUACAACCCAAAGUAUGAAGAACUGUUUGCUCCAACUCUGGGUCCUAACAAGCCAGAGUCAGACUACCACAAAGUGAACCGCAAUACUCUUGCUGGACAUGUUGAACCUGCGCACUUCAAUCAUUUUGAAUUCGAGUCUCAGAGACGCACAUUUACAACUUAUGGGUAUGCUGUUGACCCAUCUAUUUCUGGAGACCCUGAUGAUGGAAGAAGAUACAUUGGAGAUACAACUACAGCCAAGGAAAGUUCCGGGAUAACAGUGUUUGAGACAAAGCAUAAACCUGAUCAGCCAACAAAACGACGUCGUGACAAGAAUGAUGAUGCAGGUGACAUUGAUGGCUUUAAAGGACCCUGGGCCAAGUACGAAAAUGAACAGACAGUCAUGAAGCCCUCAGAGGAGGAGCAGCAUGCACUAGAUGAGAUUUUGGCCAAAAGACAAAAACGUGGAAAACAGACAGAUGAUAAACCCAUUGAAGAGAAGUCUCUUCUCCAUAUUAAGGAUGCUUAUGAUUACCAGGGACGAUCUUUCCUUCAUGUCCCACAAGAUGUUGGUGUUAACUUAAAAUCUCCAGACCCUCCAGAGAAGUGUUUCAUGCCAAAGAAGUUGAUACACACGUGGAAGGGGCAUAACAAAGGUGUUUCAGCAAUCAAGUGGUUGCCAAAUUCAGGUCACCUCAUGUUGUCAUGUUCUAUGGACACAAAGAUUAAAAUCUGGGAGGUGUAUAAUAACCGACGGUGCAUUAGGACUUACAUGGGGCACAAACAGGCUGUCAGAGAUGCCUGUUUUGAUAAUGAUGGAAAACAGUUCCUUUCAGCUGGUUAUGAUCGUUUCAUUAAGCUUUGGGACACUGAAACAGGAGAUUGUGUAUCAAGGUUCACCAGUCGCAAGAUACCCUAUUGUGUUAAAUUCCAUCCUGAUGAAGAAAAGCAGAAUUUAUUUGUUGCUGGAACUUCAGAUAAGAAAAUUGUAUGCUGGGAUAUUAGAACUGGUGAAGUAGUUCAAGAAUAUGAUCGUCAUUUAGGAGCUGUUAACACGAUAACAUUUAUUGAUGAAAACAGAAGAUUUGUCUCCACAUCAGAUGAUAAGAGUUUGCGUGUGUGGGAGUGGGAUAUCCCUGUUGAUUUUAAGUACAUAGCAGAUCCUACUAUGCAUUCCAUGCCUGCUGUGACCCUCUCACCAAAUAAGAAGUGGUUAGCAUGUCAAAGCAUGGAUAACAAGAUUGUGAUAUUCUCUGCUCUGGAUAGAUUCAAGAUGAACCGUAAAAAGACUUUCACAGGGCACAUGGUAGCUGGAUACGCCUGCACCCUUGACUUUUCUCCAGACAUGUCCUAUCUUGUAUCAGGCGAUGCUGAUGGAAAAGCCUAUGUUUGGGACUGGAAAACAACAAAGCUUUACCAGAAAUGGAAGGCCCAUGACGAUGUUUGCAUUGGCAUCUUGUGGCACCCACAUGAGACCAGUAAACUUGCUACAGCCGGCUGGGAUGGCCUUAUUAAAUAUUGGGACUGAGCUUCUAUGCAGGUUAUUUACGGGGCUUAAAGUCAGCAGGUUUUCCAGUCUGCACAGAUUGUCUUGAAGGAGUAUCAGAAAAUGCCAUUGGUGUCAUUAAAGCUAUAUGAAAGGAAUAUUAGCAAUUUUAGAUAUUUUUAUAAUGAAUCUUGUAAAGUUUGCUAACUUGAGUAUACCUAGGACAUCAGUUUAAACUGAGAAGGUCAGCAAUAUGACCUUUUAAAUGUUUUUAUAUUUAAAAAAGAAAUUUAUGUACAUACCUUCUGCAUCAUAUGCAGAAUAUGAUUCAGCAAAUAAAUAUAUACAUUUUUUU